UAUGGACCAUUUCUAAAGAUUCAUUAAUCCCCAUGUUUUUUUAGGAUGUGUGCAAUUCUUACAAUUACAAACAUCUAAAGAAACAGAGGCUCUUCUUGGCACAAGACUUUUCUAAAGGUUAAUAAAAUUAGGUGUGCCUUAAGAAAAAAUUGAUUAAAUCAUUCAAUAAGACAAUUUAAAUGGAAAACUAACAUCAGUUGCAGAAUUACUUAAGCUUCGAUAAAGAGCAUUAGUAGAUUAUAUCUAAGAAAAUUUAUGGACAGUUGAAGAAGCUUAUUAAGCAUUAAUAAUAUUAUUUGAUUAAGGAGAAUAUGAAAAGGCAACUGAAAUUGUUGAUAAUCUAUAUCCAUGUGUUGAAGCAACUGAGAAAUUAAAUCAUUUGAGAAAUGGAUUCUUAUGGGCUAGAUUAGUAAAAAAAUGCAUAUAUUUAUUUAGAAUUGUAAACUAGUUGGACUCUUUAAAAAUACAAAUAAUGCUGCAGUAUGUAUAGAAGCAAUUAAAGACUUACUUAAAUAAGAAGAUUAAAUAAAAUAUAAUUUCAAAUAAAGAGCAGAUCUUUUACAUGCAGGAGUUUUGAUUUGUUUUAUAUCUGAUGAUACAAAUGCUUUCCUUGAACUUUUUUCAGGUGAAUAAUUCUUAGAAGUAGUUCAUACUAUUGCACCUUAUUUAUUAUAUUACUAUACAGUUGCAUUAUUAAUUAAUUAAUAAUUUAUUGGAAAUACAAGUCUUGCAAUAAUAGGUACUAAAACUAAUAAAUAAUUGAAAUAAUAUCAUUUACUCAAUUAUGUUGAAGAAAUAAUUGUUAAAUUUUAGUUUGAUAAUGCAAUAAAAAUGAUAUAAGAUAUUUCAGCAGAGAUUGAUUAAGACUUUAUUAUCAAAUCGAAAAAAGCUUUAAUUAUAAAUGCAUGUAAACUAUAUUUCUUUUCAACUUAUAUUAAAAUCUUUAAUGGUGUAUAAAUUAAGUAAAAUAAUAUACUAAUUAAUUAGAUAAUUUUCAACUUAUUUAUAACUCAAUGAAGAAGAAACUGAAUCAUGGUUGGUUAAUGCCAUUAGAACAUUAAACAUAAAUGCAAAAAUAGAUGGUGAUAAAAUAAUUGUGUAAAAAUAAGAUAUAAAUGCACAAAAUACACAAGUAUUUAUAAACACUUAUUCAUAGUUAUUAAGAUAAUUAAGAGAUUUAUAACCUAAAUCUAAUAUGUUAAUAUCAAACCUUUAAAGAAUUAUUAAUAUUAAGUGAAUAAUGU